CAAAAAUACAGAAAUUCAGACUACGCGAAAACCCCGAAGGCAAUACGUGCGCAAACGAGUUGGACUGAGCACCGCGCUAGUUUACCCGUACGCGACCAUUACGCGCGUAUCACUGUAUGCGGGCACCUCGCAAUUAGCUUGACAGGCAAGCGGGCGCUCGUCGGGGACGCAUGGCGAGCGACCCCGCCUACAGCUGGCCGACCAGGCCCCUGGCGCCGCCCACGUCCACCAUGGACGCGGAUGGCAUCAUCCUGCAGCCCCAGCCAAAGGACAAGCCGGCCAUGAUCUCCGCGCACAUGGCGGGUCUGCGCACCGACGACGAGUUCUUCACCUUCCUCAGGGAAAACAAGUCCAACACGGCCGUGGUCCAAUUCGGUGCAUCAUGGUGCACGAAAUGCGCUGAGUUCUUCCCCACGUGGUACAAGCUUAGCAAGAAGCACACCCAGGUCAAGUACGCGGUGGCGCAGGUCGACACGCUGAAGCACGCCAUCCGGGGUGUCAAGUACAGUCCCUCCUUCCACUUCUACCGGGGCGGGCGGCUGGUGGACCGAGUGCUGGGCAAGGAGCCGCAGCGCCUGGACGACCACCUGUGGAUGCACCAGGACUGACGGCCGGCACACGCGGUCCCAGCUUUUGGGGUGUGUGUGUGUGAGGAGAGAGGGAGAUGAGGAAGGAUCCGCAAUAUGAUACCGGUACUACGUGUUGAGGCACCACCUAGUUUGUGUACCGCUUAUGGCGUUUACCCGGGCAGGCAUAAUCAGGCAGACACUCCCUGUAUGUGUGUGUGUGUGUGUGUGUGUGUGUGUGUGUGUCGGUGUCGCUGCUCUGGACUCAGAAGUGAUUGGCCCUCCCCUGGUUGGCCACGGUGGGCGAUGACGAGGGCCCCAGGAGGUAGACAGUGCAUGAAAGGCGCCGUCAGUGUAGAUUACAAUUCGCAUGCCAGUGUCCGUCAUUUGGUCACACCCUCUUGCGUCAUGCCACCGAGUGGAAGUGUGCCCUGCUGCAGAGCAAUGACGCUGCCGUGUACCGUAUGCAGUCACCCAGCCACGUUCGCAUGAUUGUUACGUGCCAAGCGUGGUCCCGGUCAUGCUGCUUGGUGUGUGUACGGUGUCAUGUGUUACAUGCACAGCGCUGGCGCUACCGCGCUGUCUUGCCGAGCUUGGACGGCUGCUGCUGCUGCUGCAGGCUGCGCAGCAGUAGCUCCGGAGGCAUGACGUCGCCGGGCAUCAUCGCGGGCCCGGCCGCCGCCGCCAUCUGGCCCUGGGUCACGGGCGGCAGCGGCCGCUUGGCGCCCGCCGCCUGACCCGGAGGCGCCUUGAGCACGCUGCAGAGGGCAGAGCACAUCAUGGGCGACGACUUAGACGAGCCCUAGUCG